CAACAGAGCGAGAAGGUUGUCAGUUUGUUCAUCACACGGGAGUUUAUUGAAGCUAGACGAAGCCCGUAGCAAUUUUCGUUUUACGUAAACGUAGCAAACAGUGAAAAAACCCACGGCGGACGUACUUGUCGGUACUAUGAACAGUUUGUGAUUAGAAAAACGUGCAGUGGGAUAAAUUAACAGUGUUGUUUUAAACGGAUAUUCAAAGACACAUUGUAACUACAGCAGAGACUAUUGCCUGCAUUAUUGUGGAGUGAGCGUAACACGCGCGUAGUCACGUAGUGCAUUCGGGACUGGAACAUUCUGGAAUCGAUAAUCAUACGGAGUGCGUACAAGUGGUGAAAACUUCUCUAGAAGCAAAUUGAAAAUGGCAAAAGAUUUCUACAAAAUAUUAGGCGUCCCCAAGACGGCCACGGACGAUGAGAUCAAAAAGGCGUACCGUAAGCUGGCUUUAAAAUAUCAUCCGGACAAAAAUAAGUCCCCACAGGCCGAGGAGCGCUUCAAGGAGGUGGCCGAAGCUUACGAGGUGCUGUCGGACAAGAAGAAGCGCGACGUAUACGAUCAGUACGGCGAGGACGGCCUGAAGGGUGGCGCUGGCGGUAUGGGCGGUCCGGGUCAGUCGGGCCAGUUCCAGUACAACUUCCACGGCGAUCCGCGCGCCACGUUUGCACAGUUCUUCGGCACGAGCGAUCCGUUCAGUGUGUUCUUCGGCAACGACGGCGGGGCGCACAUCUUCCACCAGGAGAUGGACAGUGGCGAUCCGUUUGGGUUCGAUGGCCGCGGUGGUGGCGGUAUGGGCGGGUUCCCCGGAGGAGCGUUCCGCUCGCAGUCCUUCAACAUGCACGGUUCGCCGCAGCGUAAGCAGAAGAGCCAAGAUCCACCGAUCGAGCACGACCUGUACGUGUCGCUGGAGGACGUCAACUCGGGUUGCCAGAAGAAAAUGAAAAUUUCCAAAAUGGUCAUGGGUCACGACGGGUCGGCGCGGAAAGAGGAGAAGAUACUGAACAUCAACGUGAAACCGGGCUGGAAGGCGGGCACGAAAAUUACCUUCCCGCGCGAAGGCGACCAAAUUCCUGGCAAAAUUCCGGCCGAUAUCGUGUUCAUCAUCCGCGAUAAGCCACACCAGCACUUCAAGCGCGAGGGCAGCGACAUAAGGUUCACGGCCAAGAUUUCCCUCCGGCAGUCGCUCUGUGGUACGGUGGUGCAGGUUCCGACACUGAGCGGUGAGACGCUAACCAUUUCAACGAUCGGCGAGGUCGUGAAACCGCACACGGUCAAGCGGCUGCAGAAUCGAGGACUUCCAUUUCCGAAGGAACCGAGCCGGAAAGGCGAUCUGCUGGUGGCGUUCGACAUUCGCUUCCCGGACCAGGUGGACGCAAGCACGCGGGAAAUACUGGCCGACCUGUUACCGAUGGAUCCGUCGUAAAUUUCUCACCGAAACAAUCCCGCGUUCUUGGUCGCCCCGCCGCUACAACGCGCAACACAACAGUACACUUUCUCUCAAACAGCGUAAACUAGCAGCAGCAUUUCCCAUUCCCCGUUCGGUUGUUAUGACGCAUGAUGUUCUCGACUGUUCCACAUUUGCUCAAUGUGCAAAGCGAUUGUGCGCGCAAUAGGACAUCGCUUUAUCCGCACGGGAUGUUUAUCGCAUUCCCCUGUCCCCCACCGCACCAACCGCCAAGAGGUGCCAGAAACGGACAAAAGAUACCCCGUCCUUCCGUUUGGUGGAUGCAUUUGUGCCUCGGUCACGUAAGAAAACGAUGCAGCCAGCUGAUAGACAACGGGAGAGAACAUUCUAGAAGCGGAAAAUCAACAUUCGCGGAACUCACCCGGGCCGCGAAAGAGAUACGCAAAGGUGAAUGUGUGAGAGCUUGGUGAGUUCCGGGUGCUGUUCGAACGAAAUCAUCGUCCAUCAUGCGUCGAAAUCGAAUGGAAAUGGAUGGAACGUUCGCGUGGAUCCAAGCCUCAAGACAGAUUGAGCCAGGAUGGAUGUUUUCCGGCCAGGAAAAUUGCAACACAAUCGAAGAGACGAGGAGACGCGAUCUAAAUUUGUGAUGUUCCAGAAAUCAGUUACCGAUGUUGGCGCAGUGUUGUAACGAACGAUCCAAGAAGUGGUACGAAUUCGGUCGAUUUGUGUACAUAGCGUAUCAAUGUGCAUUGUUUUACUAUCCAAAGUAUAUCAAAGAACAGACAGGAGGGCUAGACACAGGAAAAGUAGAUGGCAAGAACGACAGGGGACAAGCAAACGAUUCUGUUAGUUUUUGCGGAAAGGAAAAAAAGGGAAACCACUAACACGGGUUCUCCACAGCUAGUAACUUUUCCGUUCAUGAGGUAAACCUGUCGCAAAUAAGUAGACAAAUUUGUUGGGGAUUGGCAGAAGACCCCAUCGUCUGUACAUAGGUAAACAGAUCCGAGGAGAGAGAGGGAAUGGGUAAUUAAAAUCGUUUCAUAGUUUGGUUGGUGCCCUUGCAGGGACCUACGUGAAAAGAAAGCGUGUUAUUUAUGAUAUGUUUGUUUAAGAGUUUACUUUAGCUGACCGUGAUGAUACUUUUUACGUUGCAUUGUUGUUUAUAAAGAAGCAUACCACUCCAGCAAAACACUUGUCCCGCAAAUUAGUUGACCAGUGUCUGAUGGCCGGACCACGACGGGUGGAUUAUCAUAUACGAGCGUUUGCAAGAUGUGCGUCGCCACGGAGCUAAUUAUUACAGUAUCAUACGAAAAGACUGACUGGCGAGCGCGGAACAAUCUGGAACCUAUCUCACGCGCGCGCGCACACAUUUUGGUGCGCAAACGCCUUUUUCCGUAAGAAAAGGCACACGGACGCAACGUUCCUGAAAAAUGUCGGUUCCAAACUGUCUCCUUGUCUCCUCCCCUGGUGGUAUGGCUUCCACAUUGUUUCGUAGGACAAGUGUUUUUGCUGAUCAUAGUAAGAAGAUAAAAAGAAAAUGAAAGAUUGAACGUCUUUACGCCAACAAAAGGAUCGAAAGAGAAAACAACAAGCUUAACAAUACUACUACACAUAAACUUAAUUGGUACGUUCUAGUACGAAGAAAUCUUCGAUACGGUUUGAUUUUAGAUUUUAGUUUUAAGUACCUGCCACGUGUCGCUAUCGUUUUCAUGUACUACGAUAACCGGAUUACGUUACGAAUGUAAAGUGAUUGAAAACACCUGUCCAAUAAAAAAGUUUCCUAAAAGCUUA